GGGUCCUCCGAGAUUCGUGUGGAACAGUUCUGUUGCAGGAGUUAGCAGAAGAAGUGAAAUUAGUAGCUUUAAAAAUUUAACUUUCACGAGUUUGGAUUAAUGCGAACUACUGAAGGACACUGAAAAGCCAUCUGCCAUGACUGUAGUAAUUGGAUUCGAAGGCAGUGCCAAUAAGAUCGGUGUAGGAAUCAUCAGGGAUGGUGAAGUUCUUUCCAACCCUCGACGGACUUACAUCACACCUCCUGGUCAAGGAUUCAUGCCAAGUGACACAGCUAGGCACCACCGUGCUGUAAUACUGACUGUCCUGAAGGAGGCGCUGGAACAAGCAGGGCUGAAGCCUGCAGACAUCGACUGUGUGGCGUACACCAAAGGUCCUGGUAUGGGUGCCCCCUUGGUAACGGUGGCUCUGGUGGCUCGUACAGUGGCACAGCUCUGGGGGAAGCCACUCCUCGGUGUCAACCACUGCAUUGGACACAUAGAGAUGGGUCGGCUCAUUACCAAAGCCAACAACCCCACCGUGCUUUAUGUUAGUGGAGGGAACACACAGGUUAUUGCAUAUUCAGAGCGGCGCUAUAGAAUAUUUGGGGAGACCAUCGACAUUGCAGUUGGCAACUGUUUGGACAGGUUCGCCAGAGUUAUAAAGAUUUCCAAUGAUCCCAGUCCAGGCUACAACAUUGAACAGAUGGCCAAGAAGGGCAGUCAGUAUGUGGAGUUACCAUACACAGUUAAAGGAAUGGACGUCUCAUUUUCAGGGAUUUUAUCCUACAUUGAAGAUGCUGCCCAUAAGAUGCUGAGCUCUGGUCAGUGUACACCAGAGGACCUGUGUUUCUCACUGCAGGAGACAGUGUUUUCCAUGCUGGUGGAGAUCACAGAGAGGGCCAUGGCUCACUGCGGCUCCCAAGAGGUCCUCAUCGUCGGCGGCGUUGGCUGUAACCUUCGUCUGCAGGAGAUGAUGGGGGUGAUGUGUGAGGAGAGAGGAGCCAAGCUGUUUGCCACAGAUGAACGAUUCUGUAUAGACAACGGAGCAAUGAUUGCUCAGGCCGGCUGGGAGAUGUUUAGGUCCGGUCAGGUGACGGAGCUGGAAGACUCGUGGAUUACACAAAGGUACAGAACAGAUGAAGUGGAGGUGACGUGGAGAGACUGACUGAUGGACUGAGCGACGCAGCUUCUUGGUGCCAAUACGUUGUUGCAGCAGGCCGGGUGCACCUGGGUGUCCUUGUACCACACAAUCCUUCUGGGAUCUGGAAAAGAGAAAAAACAUCAGCGGGAGACUCUGAGGAACAGAGGAAGACUGUGUUUAAAAUACCAGUGAUUAUAUAAUCAUGGAUUUACCAAAUAAAUCAGUAAGGACUGUCUGUCUCAUCACACUGAACUGGUAACACUUGAGUGCCUCACUGUAUACAAUGGCUACAAAUUCAAUCAAGCUUCUAACUGGCACCAUUUGCUGUCCACUCUAUAUACAUACAUUUUCUUCAUAUGAUGGGUAAGGUAUUCUAGGAUUAGACAUGUGGCCUUUUUGUGUAAUUGUUUUCAACAACCACAGAUCCACAUGGUACAAUCGGAGUGAUGUAACUGACAAGGUGGCUCUCAAAACAGACUUAACUACAAAACAUUGCCAUGACAUGUCUUAGCACUUCUAAGGAGCUAAAGCCAAUUUCACAAUACUUCAAAACACCACUGUGUCAGAGGUACGCUCCUGAGUCUUGCCCACAUUUGUGUCGAAGAAGCAGCAUGACAGCACCAACCACUUUACUCUUUGAGUUGGCUUACCUUUUUUCUGUCUGUUACAAACAGCAUUCCAUUCUGAGGACAAACAAACACAGUUAUCAUUAGUGAUAAUGGACUCAAAUUACAAUUUGUAAUUCAAAUAAAAAGAAAAACAUGCACUAUGUGUUCAAAGCUCCUGAUAUAACUCACCUCUAUU